AUUAGUUGGUACAAAAACACACCUAAUAAUUUGCCGUUUGAAUACAAUUUUUUAUAUGAUUUAUUUUCACUACAAACUACUGCGAUUAUGAGCCGUGAAAUAUUAGCGCCACCUCUGCAACGCUUGGACAACAACCGUUGCUAUCGCAUUAAUCUAAUUCACGAAGAUUUCGGUAAUCAACUAGCGGCCAUGCAGCGCCAACGGCAACCAGAGUCAAAAAAAUCGGAAAAUACUUACACGGAGCAGGACUUGUAUAACGAGGACGAUGAUGAUGAACAGGAGGAGGGGGCCGAUUUCAUUCUGGAAGAACUGCCAAAUAGCUACUACAAAUUGACUCUGCAUGUGGCACAGAGUUUUUAUGGCGGAUUGAUCGGUUUCAAAGGCACCACAAAACGACGCAUUGAAUCGGAAACACAAACAGAUAUUUAUGUGCCACGCAGCAGAGAUGGUGGUGGGGGGCAGAAAAAGGCUGAAGAUGUUUCUAUAAAAGGCAAAACACGCAGCAGCGUUAUGGCAGCACGUAGAAAAAUAAAUUUGCUAUUGGUUUCACUGCGUAAACGUAUGAGACCGACGCACUUCACCUGUGUGGCGUUAAAUUACGGCGAAGUAAAGGAGAAAUACAGUGAUUUCAAGGCACAAAUACUGGCUUUGAAUUUGCCAGGUAUUGAUGAAAAUCUUUUCCAAGCUGACGAAUGCAUACAUUUAACGCUGUGCGUCUGUGUGCUACUGGAUGAAGCAGAACGUGCUAAAGCGGUUGAAGUCCUGCAAAGUUGCAAAGCUUUCCUUGCCGAUCUACAUACGCCAUUUCAAGUGCAGGUGCGCGGUCUGGAGAUCAUGAAUGACGAUCCGAGUGCUGUGCGUGUACUGUAUGCUUGCAUUGAAGCGCCAGAAUUACAAAAGUUUGCCAAUUCGGCCAUGCAGCCAUUUUUGCGUAGUGGUUUGGGUGUCGACGAUCACGAACGCGAUGCGGUGAAGCUGCAUAUGACUGUGAUGAACAAUCGGUACCGUAAGCAGAUUGAUGACAAAGCGGCGGGAGCAUUCGACGCACGCGAAAUAUUAAAACGAUUUGGUGAUUACGAUUUUGGUAAAGUUGAAUGUAGUGAAGUGCAUUUGUGUGCGUUGCAUUCAUCGGAAAAGGGAGCAUUUUAUAAAGUCACAGGAAGCUUAAAAUUUUAAAAUGACGUUUAUGGAUUUGAGAAGUGUGCAUAUAUACGGCAAAUAAGCGACACGUUAAAUGCGUAUGCAA